GCCUUUCCUCUAUGGUCUCUACGGGUGCCGCGGAGGGACCCUCCUGGUGGAAUUGCGCUCGCCCCUGGCUUUGCAUGGAGCGCUGCCGAGCGGGCGAAGCCUGGGACGCCCCGGGAGGGAGCAGGAGGCGGCGGCGCCUGCGGCGGAGACAGGAACGGGGCGGCGGGGAGGCCGAGAGCCCCGAGGACGCGGGAGAAAGGCAGAGGCGGCGGCUGCGGGAGGCGUGUUCAGAACUGCAGAGCUCAGAAUUCUGGGAUUCAAGCCUCGGAACCAUCUUAAAAUCCCUCCCCAAGCACCCGGCAGCAGGGAAGGGGGCAACCAGGCCUUCCGUGGAGAAAGCCCUCUCUGCCUUUGAGAAGCUGCAGCUCACACCACCAGCUGAGUCAAUUCUUGAGCCCAGCUUGCAGCUGCAGGAGGAGCCCAGCUGCAGCAGAGCCCAGGGCUUGCAGUGUGUGUGUUAUGGCAUUGGGAAGUUCUCCUCUUGCAUCCAAGCGCGAUACCAGCUGGCCUUCCUCCUGCUGCUGCUUGAGAAGCUGAAGAUCCCUGAAGAUAUGUGUUACAUAUUUGACCCUGUCUUUUCCACGCUGGAAAUCAAAGUCCUUGCCCGUCUUGGGCUCACGGUGCUCCUGGAGAACGAGGAGGGAAAACGCUGCAUCCACAAUCCUACCAUCUUCUACAUGGUCCACUGUGGAAAAGCUCUCUAUAACAACCUGCUCUGGAGCAACUGGUCCAUAGAGGCCCUUUCCAAAACGGUCAUCAUAGGGAACAGCUUCAAGGGCAUUGAAGACAGGGUGCUGAGCAGGAUAUUCCAAAAGGACUACAGUUACAUUGCAAAGGUUUUAAUAGCAACAGAUGAAGAAGCCCUUCCUUCUCACCCUCGGUACUUGGACAUAUUUAACGACACCUCUGUCCACUGCUUUCCGCUGGAGAAACUGAGGGACCUUCCCCCAGAGAUCUGGAAGCUCCAGGAGCCGCCAGUUUACCCAGAUGAGGAUCAGCCAGAGAUCAUCAGAAACAAGAAAUGAAAUUGUUCCCAUUCCAGAGACUAUGGCCUGGAGGUGCAGGGCCGGGUCUGGGUUUCCUUCUUUGGAGAGGGGCUUGAGUUACUUCUGGUGUUGCAAAGAGUUCAUGUUCAUGUCAAGCUACUCGCCCCCCCCCCCACCCACCCACCCUAAAGCAGAAGAUUAGCCACACUGUCUAUUUGUGUGUGGCUCUAGUCUAUAGCAUUUCCAUGGGACAAACAAGACAUGCACAGCAUGCACAAGGUGCCAAAGCUCUCCUUGUGUCUCUCGCUUGCUCACUGAGCGGCAGAGCUUGGGAGGAUCAAUGGGGCAAACCCAAGCAUCUGCUUCUGGGCUUCACCACCAUCUCUGUUCAACUCUGGUCCGGUACCUCCUAUGAGAGUUCCCUCAUGGGAUGGAAAAGGGGGCAGAGAUCGGGUGGUGCUAGGCAAGCUGCCCAGUAGGGAGAGAGCCAUUCAUACUCCUUGCUGCUGCUGCUGCUGCUUCAUGAUUAAUGCAGCAACUUUUCAGAAAACCAAACUUCUCCACAAACCUUGUAUUUCCAAUAAUGUUUUUAAUUAAAAGCAACACACACUGAA